AUGAAUCUUCAAACCGAUGUAACUAUGUCCACCGAAGAGAAACCAGACAACUACAUUCAAGAAAGACUAGACGCCUUGUCAGAUAUAGAUUUUAAGAUUGUUUCCCUUCUUGAGAACUUUUCUUCGUUUUUCGAAACCUAUUCAAACAAGGAUAAAGACCAAUUCAUCAAUGGGUCCAAACAGAUUUUUGACACGUUGAGUAAAGUGGCUAUAGAUCUACGGAAAGAGGUGAAACAUAUGGAUGAUAACAUCGGGGUAUACGAUAAAAACAAAGAUGGUAUUAUGAUUCUUCCCAUUAAUGUUGAUCAAAAGAACGGUGAGUUAGGAAAGCUAAAGUUGAAUUCUGAAUUGAAAGAAUUGGUCAAGUUGUUAAAAGAAGGAGAAAACGGACAAACGAUUCAGAGCAAAGACGGUAGUGAGAGAGAAGAUUCAAAGGAUCUAAGUAAGGCAAAUUCAUCCAACAAAGAGAAAGGGCCAGAGGAUCGCUUGGGAGAUUUAAGUCAAGACGUUGACAUGGCUGACUAG